CGCAUCUCUCCAGAGUUGCCACAAGCACUGCUCUAUCUGAAGGAUUUUCUUACCUGACUCUCGUCCGUCUUGAAGCUAUACAUAUACUCAGGAAUUGUGGCGACAAACAUGCAGUGGAUCCAUUCAAUUCCGCUCUGCAGCCUUCUUUUCCAAUUCAUUGCGGCUCAGUCGCCCGGCCCAGGGCCACCAGCCCAGCCAACCCAGACAGACCUCUCAGAGGUCAAGCAAGCUUUUAUUCGGGAGGGAAUUGUGCCGGAUGUCCUGACGGAUUUCGAUCCGCAACUGAUGAUGACGGUCGUCUAUCCGCCGGGGAGCACGCCGACGGACAUAAUCGUUCAACCGGGCCAAAGGAUCCCUGAGAAGCUGGCGGGUCUCCCCCCAAGGGUGCUUCUGAGCGUGCCCCAGUCCGGCCACUUCAUGAAUCUCACUCAUGCCACUCCGGACUCGGCAUUUACGUUCUUCAUCCUGGAUCCUGAUGCUCCUAGCAGGAGGACUCCAAGUGCGCGAGAGUAUCUGCACAUGAUGGCCACCGACGUCCGACUGAUUCCACUAGGAAGAGAGACGCCAUGGAGAUACGAGCUCGACAUUUCCGGCGGGAGGGUAGCAGUGCCCUACAUGUCGCCUCAGCCGCCUCCAGGAACCGGGCCGCAUCGCUACGUAUUCCUCCUCUGUCCCGGAAUCAUACCUUCCAUCGCUCCGCUGCAGGGUCCUAACGCCUCUCGGGCCGACUUCAAGGCUCAGAAAUUCAUCGCCCAGUCCGCGGGUCUCCACCCACCCAUUGCUGGAACAUUUGUUCAGAUACAACACACCGACAACGAUCCUUGAGAACUGCGUGAUAAUCCGUGCUCUUAAAAUAUAAAAUGAUUUUUCCAACACGUAAAACAAGAAUCAGGAACACACUUCAGACUAG